CGGACGCGGACGGACGCGGCCCCUCCCUGCCGCCGCCGCCCGCCCGCCCGCCCGGGGCUCCCACCUCGCCGGCGCCGGGCCCGGGAGCGAUGACAUCGACGGGGAAGGACGGCGGCGGGGCGCAGCACGCGCAGUAUGUGGGGCCCUACCGGCUGGAGAAGACGCUGGGCAAGGGGCAGACAGGCCUUGUGAAGCUGGGGAUUCACUGUGUCACGUGCCAGAAGGUGGCUAUUAAAAUUGUCAACCGGGAGAAGCUCAGCGAGUCUGUGCUGAUGAAGGUGGAGCGGGAGAUCGCCAUCCUGAAGCUCAUCGAACACCCUCAUGUUCUAAAGCUGCACGAUGUUUAUGAAAACAAAAAAUAUUUAUACCUGGUGCUAGAACACGUGUCUGGUGGGGAACUCUUCGACUACCUUGUCAAGAAGGGGAGACUGACCCCCAAAGAGGCCCGGAAGUUCUUCCGGCAGAUCAUCUCUGCGCUAGACUUCUGCCACAGCCACUCCAUAUGCCACAGGGAUCUGAAGCCAGAGAACCUCCUACUGGAUGAGAAAAACAACAUCCGGAUUGCUGACUUCGGCAUGGCGUCGCUGCAGGUUGGCGACAGUCUGCUGGAGACCAGCUGCGGAUCCCCCCACUACGCCUGCCCCGAGGUGAUCCGGGGGGAGAAGUAUGACGGCCGCAAGGCAGACGUGUGGAGCUGCGGCGUGAUCCUGUUCGCCCUGCUGGUGGGGGCUCUGCCCUUUGAUGACGACAACCUGCGGCAGCUGCUGGAGAAGGUGAAGCGGGGCGUGUUCCAUAUGCCGCACUUCAUCCCGCCCGACUGCCAGAGCCUGUUGCGCGGCAUGAUCGAGGUGGACGCGGCCCGGCGCCUCACGCUAGAGCACAUUCAGAAACACAUAUGGUAUAUAGGGGGCAAGAACGAGCCAGAGCCAGAGCAGCCCAUCCCCCGCAAGGUGCAGAUCCGCUCACUGCCCAGCCUGGAGGACAUUGACCCCGAUGUGCUGGACAGCAUGCACUCUCUGGGCUGCUUCCGGGACCGCAACAAGCUGCUGCAGGACCUGCUGUCCGAGGAGGAAAACCAGGAGAAGAUGAUUUAUUUCCUUCUCCUGGACCGGAAAGAAAGGUACCCGAGCCAUGAGGACGAGGACCUGCCCCCCAGAAAUGAAAUAGACCCUCCCCGGAAGCGUGUGGACUCCCCAAUGCUGAACCGGCACGGCAAGCGGCGGCCUGAACGCAAGUCCAUGGAGGUGCUCAGCGUGACGGACGGUGGCUCCCCGGUGCCCGCACGACGGGCCAUCGAGAUGGCCCAGCAUGGCCAGAGUAAAGCAAUGUUCAGUAAAAGCCUGGAUAUCGCUGAAGCCCACCCCCAAUUCAGCAAAGAAGACAGGUCCAGGUCCAUCAGCGGCGCCUCCUCGGGCCUGUCCACCAGCCCGCUGAGCAGCCCCCGGGUGACCCCUCACCCCUCUCCAAGGGGCAGUCCCCUCCCCACCCCUAAGGGGACGCCUGUGCACACGCCCAAGGAGAGCCCGGCAGGUACGCCCAACCCCACGCCACCGUCCAGCCCCAGCGUCGGAGGGGUGCCCUGGAGGACGCGGCUCAACUCCAUCAAGAACAGUUUCCUGGGGUCACCCCGCUUCCACCGCCGGAAACUGCAGGUUCCAACACCCGAAGAGAUGUCCAACCUGACCCCGGAGUCCUCUCCAGAGCUUGCCAAGAAGUCCUGGUUUGGGAACUUCAUCAACCUGGAGAAGGAGGAGCAGAUCUUCGUGGUCAUCAAGGACAAGCCCCUGAGCUCCAUCAAAGCUGACAUUGUUCACGCCUUCCUGUCGAUCCCCAGCCUCAGCCACAGCGUCAUCUCCCAGACAAGCUUCCGGGCUGAGUAUAAGGCGACGGGGGGCCCGGCGGUGUUCCAGAAGCCGGUCAAGUUCCAGGUGGACAUUACCUACACCGAGGGCGGGGCGGCACAGAAGGAGAAUGGCAUCUAUUCCGUCACAUUCACGCUCCUGUCAGGCCCCAGCCGCCGCUUCAAGAGGGUCGUGGAGACCAUUCAGACCCAGCUACUGAGCACACAUGACCAGCCCUCCGCCCAGCAUUUGUCAGACACCACUAACUGUAUGGAAAUGAUGACGGGGAGGCUUUCCAAAUGUGGCAGCCCAUUGAGUAACUUCUUUGACGUAAUUAAACAACUUUUUUCAGACGAGAAGAACGGGCAGGCGGCCCAGGCCCCCAGCACGCCCGCCAAGCGGAGUGCCCACGGCCCCCUCGGUGACUCCGCGGCCGCUGGCCCCGGCCCUGGAGGGGACGCCGAGCACCCGACGGCCAAGGACACGGCCAGGACGGGGCCGCCCGCCGCCCGCCGCGAGCAGCCUUAGACACAUAGCCCCCUCCCCAGCCCGGCACGGCCCGCCAGGGGCCCGCCCGGCUCGCCCCGCCGCCCGCCCCGCCCGGCCCGCGGCGACGCCGGGGAGGAAAGGAAAGGGGGCACCGGGGGCCACCGCCUGCGGCUGGGCCCGCCCGUGCCCGCUCUCUCUUUCUCCUGCUGUCUCUCUCUCUGCCUGUCUCUGACAACGUCACUGUUUCCGCUCUGAUACCAGGAAGUAUCCCGAAAAGUUAACAUGUCACCUCCACGAGGCCAUCCUCUGUGCUCCGCGCCGGACACCGGCUGACCGAAGGCAGCUGCCGCGGACCUGCCCUCCCUCGUCUCCUGCUGCCGCCCCGCCCGCCCGCGCGCCGGCCCGCGGAGCGGC